ACUGAUCACUUAUUAAUUGGUUUUUGGGUGUUUAUGAAGCACAGCGCUUUCUCGCUUCUCGGUUUCGGACCUUCCUUCAAACUCUCAUAAACCACUCUCUCUCUCUCUCUCGAUCAGACCGAGACAACCCUCCCUCUCUCUCUCUCUCUCUCUCUCUCUCACUCUCCGGUCACUCCACGCAGCUCCUCAAUCACCACAAUCCUUCUUCACCACCUCUACUGGAUUCCGCAAAUUGCCUUCUCAUCAACCUAACCUCUUUCAGCUCCUCGCUAAUUAGGGUUUUCACCUCAGAAGGAGCUGUACACUCCCUAAGACCACCUCCAAAUUAGAGGGGCAGGGGCAGUAAGUGAGGAUGAAUUUGCAACAACCUGGGCAGCCAAAAUCCUCUAAUGGAUAUGGCCGCCGAAAAUCUGAAAGAGAAGGGGCAACUAAGUCAGAGAAUAAGAUCCUGUCUGGAAAAUUAAAUGCCAGCAGAUUGACAAGUACAGGUGCAGUGACUGGCAGUAAAUGUGGUAGUUAUGAGAGUCCUUCACAUGAUCGACUAGUAUAUGUAACAACAUGUCUCAUUGGGCACCAGGUGAAAGUCCAGGUGAAAAACGGAUCUAUAUACUCUGGAAUAUUUCAUGCAACAAAUGCGGACAAAGAUUUUGGAAUCAUUUUGAAAAUGGCUCACUUAACAAAGGAUGGUUCUUUACGAGGGCAAAAAUCUGGUGCUGAAUUUGUAAGCAAGCCCCCUUCAAAGAUUUUAAUUAUUCCUGCCAAAGAACUUGUACAAGUUAUAGCACAGGAUGUUGCUAUUACAAGGGACGGCUUACCCGAUGAUUCUCACAAUGAUAUGCAUCAGGAAAUCAUGGUUGAUUCGUUGAUAUCUCAAUCUCGUCACGUUGAGCAAGGGAGAGAAUUAAAACCUUGGGUACCAGAUGAAGAUGAUCCACAAUACCCUGAACUGGAAAACAUAUUUGACGUCCCUUGGAAUAGGGGAUGGAAUCAGUUUGAAACAAAUGAGGCAUUGUUUGGUGUAAAAAGCACGUUCAAUGAGGAACUCUAUACAACAAAGCUUGAAAAGGGGCCUCAGACAAGAGAAUUGGAAAAGCAAGCUUUAAGAAUAGCUAGAGAAAUUGAGGGUGAGGAAACCCAAGAUCUUCAUCUUGCAGAGGAACGAGGCCUUCACUCAUAUGACGAUUUUGAUAUUGAUGAAGAAACUAGAUUCUCUUCAGUCUGUAGGGGUAAGCAUGUUGAUGACAGUGGAUAUGAUGAAAAUGAGGACAUAGUGUUUGAUUCACACAAUUCUGAAACUUUUGGUGGUACAUUUGGUUCGGUCACUAAGAGGCCUGGUGAAAUAAGUGGUGGAAAAGGAAAUGACGGAACUCAAACAUCGGCUAAUUCCUCCUCCAUGUCAAGUACUGGUGUGGAUUUAAGCCGCUCUGGUUCUUAUGAUCAUGCAAAGCAGUUAGCAUCCGAACUCCCUGCCAAAAGCUACUCCUCAUCUGAUGGGGAAAGCAGGAUUCAAGAGAACUCAAUUAGUAAUCAACAUGGAGCCAAUGGUAGUACCGAAGAAGAAAAUCUGAUUCAAGCUGAGGAUGUUCAACUGUCAAAACCUGAGGAUUCACAGGCACCACUCUACUUGAAGAAGGAUGUCUCUGAUAAAGGGGUAUUAUCUCCUAAUGCCAGCUCCUAUGCCCCUUCAUCUGACACAUCAUCAAAAAUUAAUGAGAAGACUGGAUCACAUGGAGAUUUGACUGAGAUUUCAGCAUGUGGCAAAGAUAAUGGGGAAACAAAAUCUGUAAAUUCACGUGGAACACCAUCUGGGUCAGAAUCAGUUGGAGGUGUGACAGCUUCUGGUCCUGGUUUAUCUCCAAGUUCAUCAGUUGGUUCAUUGUCUUCUGAAAAAUCAACUCUUAAUCCCAAUGCAAAGGAAUUCAAGCUCAACCCUAAUGCAAAGAGUUUUAUUCCAUCACCUGCUCGGCCUCCCACUCCAGUGUCUGAUAGUUCCUUCUAUAUUCCAGCUAAUGUAACUACUGUACCAAAUAUGCCAGGCAUGCCCAUGGGUAUUGGAAUUGGACCAACUUUUACUGGGCCACAGCCUAUCAUGUAUAAUCCUCAAGUAGCACAAAUGCCAUCUCAAGCAUAUUUUCAUCCGAAUGUGCCACAGUAUGGACAGCUUCUUGGUCAUCCUAGGCAAGCUUUAUACAUGCCCGGUUAUCUGUCUGAAAUGCCGUAUAAGGGACGGGAUUAUUAACAACUUGGCUGUUUGCAUUCUUGUUGGCAAGUCAAAUCCUUGCUUGAAAAGAAUAAUCAACGUGGAUGUCCUGAAAAGUUUUAAAUGACGAUAUCUGCAGCUGAUGGGAAAUUUUCAAAAAGUUUAUAUAUAUUACAGGCAAGUUGGCUAAUUCUGGGAUAUAAUUUUAUGACCUUGUGUUAACCCACAAAUCUUUUGGGGUUUCUUAGGCUUUUAUCGUGUAAUAGCUUAACACACAUAUUGAUCUUCUCCUCUCCCUCUUUCUCUUUAAUACCAUGCAAAUUUUACUUUUUAUUACUGCCCGUUCAUCUGACACUCGGAUAUACUUGCAGCAGUUUGGUUGCUACCAUAUUAGUUUACAUACUGCUAAAACUUUUAUAUACUUUUAUCGUUUGACUAUUUAAGACAUGGCUUACUG